GCUCCUGCUCCUGUCCCUGCCGGUCCCGCAGGAAUUCUCCCUUUCCCUGGAAGCGGCCGGCGGGAGCGGAGGGCGGAUCUCGCUUGGGCGUUUAUUUUAAUACAUCUCUCUCUCGUAUCUCUCGCUCUCUCCUGGCUCUCGCCUCUCUCUCCCCGGCCCCCCCGCGCUCUCUUUCCGUCCGUGCCUUCCUGUCCCGUCCCUCCCGCACCCUUCCCACCCCUCCCCAGGUCAAGGUGUGGUUCCAGAACCGCCGCACGAAGCAGAAGAAGGACCAGAGCAGGGACUCUGAGAAACGCUCCUCCAGCACCUCCGAGUCCUUCGCCACCUGCAACAUCCUGCGGCUGCUGGAGCAAGGCCGCCUCCUGUCCGUGCCGGCCCCCCCGAGCCUCCUGUCCCCCACCUCCAACGCGUCCGAUUCCAACCGGGAUUUUUCCAACCUGGAAAAUUCCUGGGCUCACCAGGAAGAGUCUGUGCCACCUUCGCUGUCGGUGUCACCUUCGCUGCCGGUGUCACUUUCGCUGUCGGUGUCACCUCUGCUGUCGGUGUCCCCUUUACUGUCGGUGUCACCUUUACUGCCGGUGUCACCUCUGCUGUCGGUGUCACCUUUAUUGUCGCGGGCGGGGCGGGACCGGCGGGGGCCGGGCCGGGGCUACAAAACCCGAGGCGCUGCCGUGUCCUGCCCGGCGCGACCGUGA